AUGUCUUUGCUGGAGACGCGGCGACAUAUUUCCCUGGCCGUUACUGCAAAUCCACCUGUUAAGGGCACAGGAAAGCUUUCUCUCCAGCCAAUUUCCAUUCUUAGCUCCGGUGCAGAUGAGGAAAAAGCAGAAACUGCUCGUCUUUCUUCGUUUGUUGGAGCCAUUGCCGUUGGGGAUCUUAUCAAAUCUACCUUGGGUCCAAAAGGCAUGGAUAAAAUACUACUGUCUUCCGGUGAUAGCGUUGUCGUCACCAACGAUGGCGCAACUAUACUUAAGUCGAUUGGGGUAGACAAUCCUGCUGCCAAGAUUCUUGUUGAGAUGAGCAAAGUACAAGAUGACGAAGUUGGUGAUGGUACUACGUCUGUCGUCGUCCUUGCUACCGAAUUGCUCCGGGAAGGCGAACAGUUGAUUGCUGCCAAGCUCCACCCGCAGACUAUCAUCCAGGGUUGGCGGGAAGCGGCGCAGUUGGCAAUCGAGGCUCUCGACUCUGUCGCUGUUGCACACUGCAAGGAAGCUGUUGCGACUCAUAGUGACGCAGACUUCCGUCAGAAGCUUUUGAAUAUAGCCCGCACAACGCUCAGUUCAAAACUCUUGACUCAGCACAAGGAACAUUUUGCCAAGUUGGCUGUCGAUGCCGUCCUUCGUUUGAAAGGUAGCGGUAAUUUGGACGCAAUCCAAAUCAUACAGAAACUAGGAGGAACCAUGGGCGAUUCAUAUCUUGAUGAGGGAUUCCUUCUAGACAAACGCCCUGGAGUAAACCAGCCGAAACGUGUGGAAAAUGCCCGAAUAUUGAUUGCCAACACUCCGAUGGAUGCAGACAAGAUUAAGGUGUUUGGCAGUAAAAUCCAGGUGGAUACCAUCUCCAAAGUCGCCGAGUUAGAAGUUGCUGAGAAACAAAAGAUGAAAGAGAAGGUGGAUAAGAUUUUGAAACACAACUGUAAUGUUUUCAUCAACCGGCAACUCAUCUACAACUAUCCGGAACAGUUGUUCACUGACGCUGGUGUUAUGGCAAUCGAACACGCUGAUUUCGAGGGUGUCGAGCGUCUGGCACUGGUCACCGGUGGUGAGAUCGUGUCCACCUUCGAUUCCCCGGAGAACACCAAAUUGGGACAUUGUAAGCUUAUCGAAGAGAUCACUAUUGGUGAAGAUAAACUGCUACGCUUCAGUGGCGUUGCAUUGGGUGAAGCCUGCACUAUUGUGCUUCGUGGAGCCACGAAAAGCAUUUUGGAAGAAGCUGAACGCUCUCUGCACGAUGCGCUUUGUGUGCUUGCGUUGACCGUGCAAGACCCACGCACUGUCUGUGGUGGUGGCGCGAUGGAGAUGUGGAUGGCUGAAGCGGUCACACAGGGUGCCGCUAAAACUCCCGGCAAAGUUUCGCUGGCCAUGGAGGCUUUCGGUCGAGCGUUGAGACGGCUACCACUCACGAUUGCUGACAACGGUGGUUUCGAUAGUGCCGAUUUGGUGUCGCAGUUGAGAGCCUGUCAUGCAAAUGGACGGUCCAGUAUGGGACUAGAUAUGGAAAGAGGAGUAAUCGCGGACAUGAAUGCUCUUGGGAUUUUGGAAUCCUACCGUGUGAAACAUCAACUGGUUGUGGCUGCUGCCGAAGCGGCUGAACUGAUCAUGCGGGUGGAUGACAUUAUUACAGCUGCACCUCGCCGCCGUGCUCCACCACGAUACGCUCCUCCGGAGACAAGCGUGUUGCCGGUCACAACCCAAUUUCCUGGUCUACCGGGAGGCGUGGAUGUCGACCGUACAUCAGCACAAGUGGGGAAUUGCCUGUGGUUGGCUUUAUGGAAGCAUGAUGAGCUAGUAACACCAUUGGCAAGUUCACUUCCCAGUCACCUCUCUGGCUGCCAGUCACUCCUUGAUCGUCGGGCUAUUAAGUUUGGUUAG